AUGGCGUACUAAGGUAUGCUCCACAAGCUCAACGCUUACCUAAACAAGACCGACCGUGCUUGCUCUCACUCUGGGUAGACAGUCCGUAGAGCUAUCUGCAGCUCUCCGACUACGACACCAACAACUAUCCAUUUCCACACUCACUCGACACUUCCCACCCUCCACUCUACCUCGCACUUACCAACAUACCAAGAUGACGGACUCUAUGGAAGGCGUUGUCAAGGAUGAGUCCCAGAGCCAGCCCAAGGAAGAGAACGUUCAUGAGAAGACAGUAUCAGACAUCAAGUUCAACUUCACACUUCUGGAGCGGGCCGUAGCACAGUUCGAUGCCCGCUAUACCCUUAGAGCUCUUCGCUCAAUAUCCUCCCUGCGAAAGCGUCUGUCCGGUGAGAUCAUCGCCGAAUCGAUCAUCUCAACCUACCCUCCAAACAAUGGGACCGCACAAGUCCUUCUCCGAGCUACUGGUCUAGAUGGCGAUGAGCUCACGCAGAUCGCCCGCCGCAUAUCAUCAACUUCAACUGGAAGCACGAAACAGGAGAAGAAGGAACCGCUGCCAGAGAUAGACGUAUACCUUGCGAUCCUUGCCCAGGUGCUUCUAUAUGACGGCAAGAACUACAAGAUCGGGGCAGAGUUCUCUAAGGCUUUGGUCGGCCGCGUCCGCGAUCUCAACAGAAGAACACUAGACUCCCUGGCUGCCAAAGCCUACUUCUACUACUCUCUCUUCUACGAAGCCUUAGAUCCCAAGCCACCAUCCAAGCAAUCGCCACUUAUCAGUAUUCGCGGCACGCUGCUUGCUGCUCUCAGAAGCGCAGUAUUGCGCAAGGACUCAGACACGCAAGCAUCAGUCACGACGCUGCUACUCCGGAAUUACCUUUCUACGGCAGACAUAACUCAGGCUGAUCUCUUGGUGGCUCAGACUCAAUUUCCGGAGGCCGCUACGAACAACCAAGUCGCACGAUACCUCUACUACCUCGGUCGAAUCCGAGCUAUCCAGCUCUCGUACACCGAAGCACACGAUCAUCUUGUCAGUGCGACGCGCAAGUCACCGAACAGUGCCGUGGCGACUGGCUUUUAUCAGCAGUCGACAAAGCUCCUGGUGGUCGUCGAACUUCUCAUGGGCGACAUCCCUGAUCGCGCUCUCUUCAGCCAAUCUCGCCUAGAGCGCGGGCUCGAGCCAUACUUCUACCUCGUCCAGGCUGUCCGCGUGGGAGAUUUGCAAGGCUUCCUCAAAAUCGUUCAGCAGAACUCGCCUACGUUCCACCGCGACGGAACAUAUACCCUCAUCCUUCGACUCCGUCAGAAUGUGAUCAAGACAGGUAUCCGGAUGCUUUCCCUGUCGUAUUCCAGAAUCUCGCUUCGAGAUAUCUGUAUCCGUCUUGGCCUCGACAGUGAAGAAUCAGCGGAGUAUAUCGUCGCCAAAGCCAUACGUGACGGUGUCAUAGAGGCUUCGAUCGACCAUGAGAAGGGAUACAUGCAGACAAAGCAAGCCGGUGACAUAUACGCCACACGCGAACCAGGCGAGGCCUUCCAUGACCGCAUCCUCGCAUGCCUCUCGCUCCACGACGAGUGUGUCAAAGCGAUGCGGUACCCCAUGAACCAGCACCGUCUUGAGCUGAAGAACGCCCAGGAAGCCCGGGAGAGGGAACGCGAGCUCGCAAAGGAGAUUCAGGAUGGAGACAUUGACGAGGAUGACGCGGCGGGCGAAUUCGAGGGGUUAUAAAGAAGACGCGUAAUGUAUGAUAGUAGCACUUGUUGUUGAUUCCAUAUCUCCGACCAACCAACGAAGGGGAAAAACUGCAUGGCGCAUCUAAACAAUAGAUCAAACAUUUCAUGAUGCUGUUUUUCGAGAUGAAGAUGUAUGUCAUGCUGGCAAGAGGUAUUUGAUUGUUGCAGACCGCCAAAUAACGUAAGAGGUUGACUAAUUGGUUCGUAUGAGAUGUUGACGUCCCACUAGAAUACCCUGCAUUGGGUUCUCUGACUAUACACAUAUUGUGCUUAGCGAUGGCAAUCCUGAUGUAACGAACAAAGAACCUUGGUACGUCGCUUCACAGCGAAGACAUCGCGACAAAUCUCUCUAG